AUGAUUAAACGCCUUUCUCGGUCCACAGCAAUCAGCGGCCGCCCUCGACAGAACCUCCGAAAGCAACUGCGAUUCCGCCAAGUCGCACACGACGGCGCUGUCGACGAUGACGACGAGGAAGGCCCUCCGAGGCCUCUUCCCGAACAUGACUAUAAGGCCAUCUAUAAAUGGUGGAACGACGAGUACAGACUGGUUGCAGUCUGCAUUGUCGGCGCCAUUACCCUAGGCAUCAUCUUCAAGAAGUUUGACAAUAAAGUGGUGCCCCAGCUAAAGGGCGACAUCGACUUCGACGUCAUCAUCGUCGCCAUGUUCACUUGCGUUCGCGUGGCCAUGAGCGGUAUUGUUGAGUCGUCCAUUAGCCAAGCUGCCUGGAUUUGGGUAUCCGAGGCACGUCAGCGUCGGACCAACGAUAUGCGAGCAAGGCUGGAGGACUUCAAGAUCUACGACGAGGCAUCGCGCGGGCUCUGGGGAAGUCUGUGUCUUCUGUGGCGGCUGAGGGGAAAACAUCUCGCCUGCAUCGGCGCUCUGAUCGUGGUCCUCACUCAUGGACUCGAAGCCUCUUCCCAGCAACUUUACCGGUACGAGGGCCGACCGAUCGAGGACAAAAAGCCCGAUGAUCCCCCCAUCCCGGCACCCCCGAGAAGCGAUCUGUAG